AUGCCUUUGAAAGUCAUCGUGAUUGGGGCAGGAUUGGCCGGUCUUGGCACCGCUAUAGCUUUGAAUAAUCAAGGCCAUGAUGUUGAGGUAAAGCGCAUUCCCGUCGUCCUUGAUGUUAUCGGUUGGUUCGUCUUGCUGGCGACAUGUGUGUUCGAGCAAUCGUCUUUCAUGAACGAAGUCGGCGCAGCUAUUCACAUCCCCCCGAAUGCGACAAGAAUACUGAAGGAGUGGGGUUGUGACUUUUCCACCCUCAGCCCAGCUUUCUGCCAUCACUUGACUGUCAACGAUUCAAAUGGCAAGCUGAUCUUCAAGGCAGUGGACACCAAAGAGCUUCAAGCGGCAUUGGGUACACAAGAUGAAUGGUUGCUAUCGCACAGAGUUGAUCUGCACAGCACCCUCCAUAAACGAGCGCUGGAAACUGUGAACGGAAAGAAGCCAAUCAUACAUCUCGCAAGCAAAGUCCGAUCAGUGAAUGCUGAUACUGCGACUGUCGUUCUCGAAGAUGGAACAACUCAUACUGCGGACUUGAUAGUGGGAGCAGAUGGCAUACAUUCUCGAUCAGUUACUGCCGUAGCUGGAACGCCACACGAGAAAAAGACUACGGGGCAGAACACGUUUCGAUUUCUGGUUCCGAUGGAGAAGAUUCAGGCAAAUAAGCUUACACGCGACUUCUUUGUUGAACACGUGCUCGACGGUUUGCAGUGCUUCACAAGUCGAGACAGACGGCUAGUCCUGUAUCCAUGCCGACAGGGCCAAUUACUGAACGUCGUGGCUAUGCAUCCCACCUCAGAGUUUCCAAGUGCGGCAGAAUCAUCCUGGCUGGCCGGCGCAAACAUCGAUGACUUGCUGGAGACAUACUCUGGGUUUUGUCUCCCACUGAUCGAGAUGUGCAAGAUGGCGGAGGAUUUAAAACUCUGGAGCUUGGCCUCAAGGACACCGCCAACCGUUUUCUGGAAGAGUCGACUUGUGCUUGUUGGUGAUGCCGCUCAUCCAACUCUUCCGCAUCAAGGACAGGGAGGUGCCCAAAGUUUCGAGGAUGGAGCAGCCCUUGGUGCGCUCUUCCCGCGUGAGAGUACAACGGCUCAAAUUUCGCAGCGGCUGGAACUUUACAACAAGGCUCGCUAUGCACGUGCUGUUACCGUCAUGUAUAUGUCGAAGGUGAACGAGGAAAGAAGGAGGGAAAUGAUGCCAGACCUGAAGCGGUUUGUGCCUGAUGCACAAUUUCCAGAGCAUUUCAUCAAAUACUGCUGGUCGUCGUUCGCCACUGCGGACGCGCAGCAUCUGCUUCAACAGUCUCAGGUUACAUAG